CUUGGUAGUUCCAGUUUUCUUUCACUUUGAGAAAAACAGGGAUUCCCGGUUACCGAGCAUCAUCUCUCUGUUAUUUUCCCUAUCUUCUCUUUCCAUUUAUUGGUCAACCUUUGGUUCAUUUGUUCACUUUUUCUUUCCCUUCCAAGUUUUCCCUUCUUAGGUUCAAGGGACUUUCAGACCCUUCACUAUUCUUCAUGUCAAACUAGCCAUGUUCUUCAGUUUUUCUUUUUUUUUCUUCUUUGCAGCGUUUUGAAGCCUCUCCCAAGUGUCUCUUGCUCAAGGUUUUUGAUUCUGGUUCAUUCUCUCAAGCUGCUUUUGAGUUCGUCUUCACUCUUAACUCUAAGGGUCACACUCUGUAGUAUAUAUCCUUCUUUGCCUCUGGAUAUCUCUUUCCGUACAAGUUAACUGAUAAAAGUACAAACUUUAUUGUCUCAUGCCUCAAUUUCUUCAGAUGAAAAAUUCAUCUCAAUUUAUGCUUUCCAGCAAUCUGAGUUUUGUUGCUUGACUUGCAAGUGACUUUGGUGCUGCGGUUGGGGAAACAGUGCCUUUGUGGAACUUUGCUUAUUUGAGCUUGGUUUGUUUAGCUGUAUAAUUUGUUGUCUAGCUUUGCAAUUGAGAUGGGUACUUGAAGGGGUCUGAUUUCUUCUUCUGGUUCUAAAUUAAGUCAACCAGUUGUUUGACUCAAUUGGAACCUAUGGUAUUUGGGGUCAUGGAUAACUCAAAUGAUUCAUCAUCAUCCUUGAGUUUUGUAUCAUCUCACCUCUCACAUGGUUCUAGUAAUCACAACGCGUCUUCCUCUACCAGCAAUGAGCAUGUGGCAAAUAUUGAAAUUUUGACUCUGAGUAAGCUCAGUGGAGGCCUUGAGAAGUUACUGAUUGAUGCUGAAUAUGAUUAUAGUGAUGCUGAGAUUCUCGUUGAAGACAUGUGUGUGGGUGUUCAUCGCUGUAUAUUGGCCUCGCGUAGUCCUUUUUUUCAUGAGCUUUUUAAAAAAGGAACGGGUGGAUCAGGGAAGGAAGGAAAACCAAGGUAUCUCAUGUCAGAAUUGGUGCCUUAUGGCACAGUUGGAUAUGAAUCUUUCCAAGUUUUCUUGCACUAUUUGUACACUGGAAAGCUAAAAGCUUCGCCAACAGAAGUGACAACAUGUGUUGAUGAAACAUGUAUCCAUGAUGCAUGUCGCCCUGCUAUCAAUUAUGCAUUGGAGCUGAUGUAUGCUUCUGCCACUUUUCAGAUGAAAGAGCUAGUUUUACUUUUUCAGCGGCAUCUGCUAAACUUUGUUGAGAAGGCUCUUGUGGAAGAUGUGAUUCCUAUUCUUUUGGCUGCUUUCAACUGCCAAAUAGACCAGCUUCUCUCUCGGUGCAUUCACAGAGUUGCAAGGUCUGACUUUGACAUCAUAUCUUUGGAAAAAGAGCUCCCUUAUGAAGUUGUGACUGAAAUCAAAUCGUGCCGUCUCUCAUCUCAGCCAGAAUCGGCAGCUGAUACAAUGGAAGUGGAGCCUUUGAGUGAAAAGAGUAUCAGGAGAAUCCAUAAAUCAUUGGACUCUGAUGAUGUUGAGCUACUGAAGCUUCUUCUAAAUGAGUCUAGGGUCACUCUAGAUGAUGCAUAUGCGCUGCACUAUGCCUGUGCCUACAGUGAUUCUAAGGUUAUUCAAGAAGUUCUUGGUCUAGGUAUGGCUGAUAUUCUUCGGAGAAAUUCCCGAGGAUACACGGUUCUUCAUGUGGCUGCAAGGCGAAAGGAUCCAUCCAUUUUGGUGGCACUGCUGAAUAAAGGGGCAUGUGCAACAGAUACCACUCCAGAUGGUCAAACUGCUCUUUCAAUUUGUCAGAGGUUGACAAGACGCAAGGAUUAUCAUGAGAAAACAGUGCAGGGUAAGGAAUCUAACAAGGAUAGACUCUGUGUUGAUCUCCUUGAGAGGGAGAUGAGAAGAAGUUCUAUGACUGUGAGUAUGUCUGUAUCAUCACAGUUAACAGCUGAUGAUUUGCACAUGAGACUGGAUUACCUUGAAGAUAGAGUGUUAUUUGCUCGGUUGUUGUUUCCUGCUGAGGCUAGGGUAGCCAUUGAGAAUGCUGAGGCAGAUUCUUCAUCACUGUACGCAAACGAAUCAGCAUUGAAGGGCACAAAUGGAAAGCUAAAAGAAGUUGAUCUAAAUGAAUCUCCCUCUGCUCGAGCCAGAAAACUUCAGUUAAGACUGCAUGCCCUUAUGAAAACAGUUGAGAAUGGUAGGCGCUUCUUUCCCCAUUGUUCAGAAGUGCUUGAUAAGUUUCUGGAAGAUGAUAUGCCAGAUGUGUUCUUCCUAGAGAAAGGCAGUGAAGAAGAGCAGAGAAUGAAGAAAGCACGAUUCAUGGAACUUAAAGAUGAUGUUCAGAAAGCAUUUCACAAAGAUAUGGCUGAAAAUAACCAUUCAGCAUUUUCAUCUUCAGUGUCCUCUUCAUCAUCUUCUACUCGGAGGGAAGGUCUUAACCACAGAGUGAGGAGAAAAUGAACUCCAUCUUCUGCUACUGCAACUUCCAAGUAUAAGAAGAAGCUGUGGAAUAUUCAGUAAAUAAGAUGUUGUGUUAAAUUAGAGUGUUUUGGUAAAGGAAAACAAGCACAUUUUUUCUAGCUUCAUUUUUGUUUCUUGCACUUGUUUGACCAAAUGAAGAAAAAAGGAAGAACUACUGGCUUGUAGUAUAUUUUUUAUCCUUUUCCAAGAAGCUUAAGUACUUGUAAAAUCUUACAUUGAUAUCUCAAUCAACAUCCUAGAUUCGACCACAUUAGCACAUGUAUAAAUAGGAAUAAUUAUUUAAAACUUAUAUACAAAACUGUUUAUUUGAUGUCA